AUGGGCCCCUCGUUGCGCCCUAGGAUUAUUGUCUGCCUGGCCAUCACCUUGGCUCAGGUGAUUGCUGUGACCUGCCAGGAAGAUACCAAGAAAGAAAGCUGUACGGGAAACGGAAAGGUCUACUCCGACAAUCAGAUGUGGAGCCCAGACACGGGGACUGUGGUGUGUGAGGAGCUAAGCGGCUGCUGCGCGGCCGUGAGCCCCGAGGGCGAGGGUUGCCCCGUGUGCUCUGCCGCCCCUGGCGAUACCUGCACGGAAAAUGGAAAAGUCUACGCCAACAAUGACAUGUGGAACCCGGCGCCGUGUCGGAUCUGCGUGUGUGAUAAGGGGACCGCUGUGUGUGAGGAUGUUGUAUGCAAGGACCUCGGUGACUGCCAGAAAACUGUGACCCCAGACGGCGAGUGCUGCCCCGUGUGCUUGACGGCGGCAUCCACAUCAACCCCCAGCACCGACCCCGCAACGGAAAAAAAUAAAGGGGAAAGCUGCACAGUCGACGGGGAGAUCUACCAUCACAACGACAUCUGGAAACCGGAGCCUUGCCGCGUCUGUGUCUGUGACGAUGGCGUCGCCAUCUGCGAUGAGGUGCAGUGCAACGCCCUGUCAAACUGCGAGAAGGUCGUCACGCCCGAGGGAGAGUGCUGCCCUGUGUGUGACAGCUUCGCCAGUGCCGGCAGGAUGAUUGGGACAGAAAGGUGGUGGGGCUCCCUGGACCUCAAGGACCCUCGGGUCGUCCAGGAGCUCCGGGUCACACUGGACCAAGAGGCUUUAAAGGCAGGCGGGGCUUUCCGGGGCCUACGGGAUUUGACGGAGAGCCCGGUGUGCCAGGAAAUCCAGGAGAACCGGGACCCCCAAGUCACCCCUCCCCCCCUGGAGGUGAAGCCGGACCACGAGGACCUCCAGGGCCGACUGGAUCACAAGGUCCGAGUGGUGGGAGCAGCUGGAGGCGCAGGUGCUACGGGAGAACCAGGAUUUCCAGGAUCCGGGGGUGCAAGAGGAUUCCCAGGACUCCCAGGUCUUCCAGGACUGAAAGGUCCCAAGGGAAAUGUUGGUCUUGCUGGGCAAAGAGGCAAGUCUGGAGCGGUUGGAAGCAAGGGUGCAUCUGGUACUCCUGGUACUAUGGGUCCUCCCGGUCCACUGGGGCCAGCGGGCAUGCAGGGGGAGAGAGGCAGAGCCGGCCCAACUGGGCCCGUGGGAAAACGUGGUACACCCGGCCAUGUCGGCAAACCAGGACCUCUGGGUCCACUGGGAAUCCCCGGCGUGCCAGGAUUUCCCGGUAGCCCAGGAAUGAAGGGCGAAGCAGGACCGACAGGGGUGAGAGGAAGUCAAGGACAGCAGGGAACCAGAGGGGAUGCUGGACACGUAGGACCACCUGGACCAACAGGACAGCAGGGUCUGGCAGGUGUUCAGGGUCCAGCGGGUUUGCUGGGCCCACCCGGUCCCCCUGGCCCCCAGGGAACUACAGGGGCACCAGGACCGAAGGGCCAAUUGGGCGACGCUGGAUUGCCUGGAUUCAAAGGAGAGGGUGGACUCAAGGGAGAAAGAGGUGACCACGGUACUCAGGGUCCAUUAGGCCCGAUGGGAGAGGACGGGAGGCGUGGACCGCGAGGUGAUGCUGGAUCCGUUGGACCUCCGGGGCCUCCGGGAGAGACAGGAGCUCCGGGAAAUAGAGGUUUCCCUGGUGCAGACGGUUUACCAGGCCAAAAGGGAGCCCAGGGUGAAAGAGGGGCGCCAGGGUCAACUGGCGCCAAAGGUUCCCCCGGAGAUCUGGGACGCAGUGGAGAGCCAGGUUUGACGGGAGCUCGGGGUCUGACUGGACUUCUCGGCACUCAGGGAGCGGAGGGAAAACAAGGGCCAGUGGGCUCAGCCGGAGAGGAUGGCAAACCAGGCCCGGCUGGUUCUACUGGAAACAGGGGUUCAACUGGACAGAUGGGCCUGCCAGGACCAAAAGGCUUUGCUGGUGAUGCUGGGAAGAUCGGAGAGGCUGGAAGUCCCGGACCUCCAGGUCAAAGGGGAGUGAAUGGAAAAGACGGGGAGGAAGGGGCUGCUGGACCAGCUGGCCCAGCUGGUCCUGCAGGAAAAAGAGGAGAGCAGGGACCACAGGGACUGCAUGGUUUCCAGGGUUUGCCCGGAACGCCGGGCCCACCUGGAGAGCCAGGAAAACCAGGUGAUGAGGGUCUUGCCGGAGAGGCUGGCGCUGGUGGCAGUAAUGGUCCAAGGGGAGAAAGAGGCCCCCCAGGAGAAAGAGGUGAAAUUGGACCCAACGGGCUGCAGGGACCCAAAGGUAGUCCAGGUGGACCAGGACCAGAUGGACCAAAGGGUAACCUUGGUCCAAAGGGGGCUCUUGGUGAGCCAGGAGGUGCAGGACUUCAGGGGAUGCCAGGAGAGAGGGGCAUACCAGGACCUUCAGGCCCAAAGGGAGAUGCUGGUUCUGCUGGAGAGAAAGGACUUGAGGGUAAAGCAGGAGCUGACGGUGCGCGGGGACUUCCUGGUCCUGUUGGACCUGUUGGUUCCAGUGGACCCAGUGGAGAGAAGGGUGAACCCGGCCCACCGGGACCUGCGGGACGCCGGGGCUCAAGGGGAAUCGCUGGUUCUACUGGUGACGCUGGUCCAACUGGUGCUGUGGGCUUCCCUGGAACAUCUGGUCCUGAUGGUCAGCCUGGGGUCAAAGGUGAGACAGGUGAGCCAGGCCAGAAGGGAGAGGCAGGACCAUCUGGGCUGCAGGGGAUGGCUGGGAAAACAGGAGCACAGGGACCUGUUGGUGUAACUGGAUUGAAAGGUGGCAGAGGAACAAAGGGUCCAACGGGCUCUCCUGGUUUUCCUGGGUUGCCUGGAGGAGUGGGACCAGUUGGCCCUCUUGGUGCUGUUGGGGCAGACGGGCCCUUAGGUUCUCCAGGAAAGCAGGGCCCUUCUGGGAUUAGAGGAGAGAACGGAGCUCCAGGACAUCAAGGAGAGAGAGGACCAUCAGGCUCACCAGGCAGCCCUGGAGAGAAGGGAGACUCCGGAGAGGACGGUCUUCCGGGGCCUGAUGGGCCUCCAGGACCUGCUGGUGCCGCAGGACAGCGAGGUGUUGUGGGUCAGCCUGGACUCAGAGGAGAGAGAGGCAUGCUGGGACUGCCGGGUCCUGCUGGUCCACCAGGAAAAUCAGGAGCCCCUGGAGCUCAGGGCAGCACAGGGCCCGCUGGCGGAGUUGGGUUACCAGGAGCUACCGGGCCGAAAGGAGACGCCGGCCCCGAGGGUCUUGCUGGAGCAGAGGGGUCUCCUGGUAAAGAUGGUCUUGUAGGGGACAGGGGAGACAGGGGAAAUCCUGGUCCAGAAGGUCUGGCUGGUGUCACAGGGUCUCCGGGAACCGAGGGCCCAGUGGGAAUUACCGGCGGUCCAGGGGAAAUUGGCCAAAAGGGUGACAGAGGCUCCCUUGGACCCCAAGGACCAGCUGGAGUACGAGGGAAAGUGGGCCCUCAAGGACCACAGGGAGAGAAGGGGGCACCCGGAGAGCAAGGAGAGAGGGGUCAGAAAGGACACAGAGGUUUCACCGGUCUCCACGGUCUCCCUGGAACAACUGGUUCCACAGGGGAUCUAGGAGCUACUGGUAUUGUUGGACCAGCUGGGCCAAGGGGUCCUCCGGGAGUGUUGGGUCCCCCUGGCAAGGAGGGGAACAUCGGCCAGCCUGGACCAAUGGGCGCUCCCGGAAGCAGGGGAGCCGGCGGAGACAUCGGCGCACAGGGUCCACCUGGUGAUGCCGGACCCACCGGCCCUCCAGGUCCCCCUGGACCUCCAACUGCGGUUAUGGAAGACCUCUUCGGUGCCCCGUUUGAUUAUGACGGGAACGGCAAUGUGCCAGAAGCUGUGGAAUUCUUCGAGGACGAUGUGGCGGCAGAGCCUCCCCCACCUCCGGAGUUCAACAGAGAUGAAGCCCUUCCGAAUAAGAACUCGGCCAUCCUGCGUGCAGACAGCGGCGUCCAUGCCACGCUGAAGACCCUCAGCGGACAUCUGCAAAACCUCCGCAGUCCCGACGGCAGCAAGAUGAACCCUGCAAAAACCUGCCAGGACAUCAAGCAGUGCUACCCCCAGAAAAAGAGCGGCGAGUACUGGCUUGAUCCAAAUCAAGGAAGCACAAAAGAUGCCAUCAGGGUCUUCUGUAACAUGGAAAGUGGUGAAACUUGCAUCUCCGCCAAUCCGGCAAACAUUCCCCGCAAAGCCUGGUGGACGAAAUCCACUCCCAGCGCCAACAAACCUGUCUGGUUCGGAGCUGACAUGAAUAGUGGAACUAGAUUCAGCUAUGGAAAUAAGGAGGAGCAGCCCAAUGCAGUGGCUGUUCAAGUGAAGCUGCUGCAGCUUUUGUCCAAAGAGUCGCACCAGAACAUCACCUACCAUUGCAGGAACAGCGUGGCUUAUAAAGACAAGAAGAGCAGCAACCUGAAGAAAGCUCUGGUCCUCAGAGGCUUCAAUGGCCAGGAACUGAGAGCACAGGGCAACAACCGCCUCCGAUACAACGUCAUAGAAGACGGCUGCUCGCAAUUAAACGGAGAGUGGGGCAAGACAGUGAUUGAGUACAGGACUCAAACUUCAGCCAGGCUGCCCAUCGUGGACUUAGCCCCCAUGGACAUUGGAAAGCCUGAUCAGGAGUUCGGCCUGGACAUCGGCCCCGUGUGCUUCUCAUAA